UGGAAAAAAAUAAUACAGCCUGGUGAGAGGUAAAUAUUUGAAGUCGAAACGCAUUGAAAUUUAAUGAAAUAAUGGGGGAGAUUCUGGAACACGGCGGCAGCGGCGCGUUAAACAGAUCUCUCGUGGUUCAAGACAGAUUCAGCCGUCUGGAUGACAUAGAUGUGACGGCGGACGGCAGCCCGGCUCUCAGAUUCAUGAUCUCCUUUGUGUAUUCCGUAGUGUGCGCUGUGGGCUUAGUGGGGAAUCUGCUGGUGUUUUUCUUCGUUAAAGUGAGACAAGGGAGAAAGAAAUCCACCAUAAACUUCUUCAUUCUCAACCUGGCUGUGACAGACUUCCAGUUUGUGUUGACUCUCCCUUUCUGGGCGGUGGACACCGCUCUGGACUUCAGCUGGCCGUUUGGAGAUGCGAUGUGCAAGAUCAUUCUCUCCGUGACUGUGAUGAACAUGUACGCCAGCGUGUUCUUUCUCACGGCCAUGAGCAUCACGCGCUACUGGUCUGUCGCCUCAGCUCUGAAGAACCGAACCCGUCAGACUUACUGCUCGGUGAAAUGGGUGAGCGCGGUGCUGUGGGUCUCAGCCACUGUGGCCACCGCACCGACAUCGAUCUUCUCCACGGUGACAAACGUGGCCGGGGAAAAGUUGUGUCUGCUGAAGUUCCCUGAUGGACAAUAUUGGCUCGCUGUUUAUCACCUUCAGAAAAUCCUGGUCGCCUUUGUUUUACCCAUGUUAACAGUUUCAGUCUGUUAUUUGUUACUUCUUCGCUUCAUCCGCAAGCGGAGCAUGAAUAAGAACUCCAAGCGGAGGUCUAGAGUUACCAAAUCCGUCACCAUCGUGGUUCUUUCGUUUUUUCUCUGCUGGAUGCCGAACCACGCCAUCACAUUCUGGGGUGUCCUGGUUAAGUUCAAUGCGGUCUACUGGGAUCAGACAUACUACAUGGUUCACACCUUCGUUUUUCCUGUGACUGUCUGUCUUGCUCAUGCCAACAGCUGCUUAAACCCAGUUAUCUACUGUCUUAUGAGGAAGGAAUUCAGGAAAAAGAUGAAAGAUUUGUUCUUCUGGAUCUAGUCCUGUAUACAUUCAUUUUCGUUAGUGUAUUCAGUGGUUCGUUCGAAACCUGACAAGAAUCCAGUUAUCUUCCUGAACGUAAAGCACUCUGGACCUCUCUCCGCCCAAGCGAUUUUAAGACACUUAGCAUUGUCAGCAUGUUUGAACCACUCAGAAAGUUCACAAUACAAUAAAUUACGCAUUGCAUUUGCUUCAGCAUUAUGUAGACAAGACAUGCAACGAAUUCAUUCGCCUUGUAGCAGUUUGAAGAAACUGGGAGUAUUUGAACAGUUUGGGCAAUCGGGGGCACAAGC